AUGAUUAGAUCUAAUCACAGAAGAAAUAUUGAGAUUUUUAAGUUAAAGUAAAUUAAACAAAUAAAAUAGUAAGAUCUAAUACAACCUUAUAAUAACAAUUAGCUUUACCCCUCAUACCAAAUUGGAAGAUAAGAAAUAAGCGAUCUCAAAAAAAUGA